UCACUCCUCCUCGGCCUCGUCCUCGGAGUCGUCCUGGCUACCGCCAUCCACCCCCUCACCGUGCCCCAGCUCCUCACCACCGCCCUCACGCACCUCGCCCAUCCCUCUGCAUCCCCAUCCGCCGUCCCCGUGACCGGGGGCUUCGUCUUCGACGCCGAAACCGGCGAGGCCAAGUGCGGCACGCACUGGACGGAGGCCAAGCGCCUCGGGUGCCACUUCGACGUGAUGGCAUCGCGGUGGUACUCGCCCGACUGCUUUAACCGCGGGGUGCUGGACCAGAUGCUGACGGAGGUGGACUUCCGGUGGUACGCCGAUCGCGAGCAUACGCAGGAGGUGGCGCGGGAGCGAGUGCUGGCCGGCGAGUUCGACGCCGUCUACCCGGACAACGACUACCACAUCAUGCACUGCCUGUACCUGUGGCGCCGGCUGCAUUCCGCGGUGCUGGAGCAUCGGUUCUUGGACGAUGACGUGUACAGCUAUGGGCAUACGCUGCACUGCACGCGAUUGAUCAUGCGGUGGCCCCGGGGGCUGAAUACGACUACGGUUGCGACGGCGGGAAUCCCGUAUUGUAGGGCGACGCCGUUGUGA